AGAAAUCCUAGGGGGGAAAUUAUGAAUUAAACACCUGUAAGUUCUUCAUUUCUGCUAUAGUAUAGCAAUCGGUCAUCUAACCCAUAGUGGCCUAGCAACUGAGCAAGGCUGAGUCUUGUCAGUUGCAACCGAUUGCCCCUCGUAAAGCAACAGCUGAUUACAGUUUCUCCACUUCUUUUCGAGCAACCCCAUAACUGGCCCAAGUCAUUCUUUGAUCUAUACAUUAUGCUAGUUUUGGUCCCCGAAGAAGGUCUUCCUUUUCCUCAACCUGCUUCACCAGUUUUGCUUGUUCUUCAUUUAAUCCGUGUUUGGGAAUCCUCAUUCACAAAAUCGUUUUGGAGACCACUGCACAACGCAGGAUCAAGUGCAUAGACUCACGUGCAUCGAUAUUCUGGAAGAUGUGCUAGGUGUGGGCCGACCCCCACCCCACCCUGACAAGUAACCAUGGAUCCUGGAGCCGGGCCAGAGUCAUCUCUGACUGUCAAUGAGCAGGUCAUCGUGAUGUCCGGCCACGAGACCAUCCGCGUGCUGGAAGUUGGAGUGGAUGCCCAGAUCUCUGCCGAGGAGGAGGGCAAAGGGCUGGAGGGUGUGGCUGCCGAGGGCUCCCAGAGCAGAGACCCUGGCGAAGCUAGUGAGCCUGCUGGUGAAGCUGGGCCAGACAACCCAGACUCCGCUGCAGAGGCAACUGUGAAGUCUCUGCCGGGGAUCCCUCCGAGCCCUGCCCCUGCUGUUGCCACCUUCAGCCAAGCCCCCAGCCAGCCUCAGGCCUCGCAGACCCUGGCGCCACUAACUGUACAAGCUGCCCCCCAGGUCUUGACUCAGGAAAACUUAGCCACAGUUCUGACAGGAGUUAUGGUUCCAGCAGGGGCAGUUACUCAACCUCUUCUUAUCCCCAUCAGUAUUGCAGGUCAAGUGGCUGGUCAGCAGGGGCUGGCCGUGUGGACAAUUCCUACAGCAACCGUGGCCGCCCUCCCAGGACUGACAGCUGCUUCUCCCACGGGGGGAAUUUUCAAGCCACCUUUAGCCGGUCUGCAAGCAGCCGCUGUGCUGAACACCGCCCUCCCGACACCCGUACAAGCUGUCCCACCGCCGGCACAGGCCUCCUCGCCCAGCCAGCCCCGGCCAGCAGCCCAGCCCCAGACGCUGUUCCAGACCCAGCCGCUGCUGCAGACCGCGCCUGCCAUUGUCCCGCAGCCCACUGCUGCGGCCGCUGCUGCCCCCACGCCCAAGCCGGUGGACACCCCCCCACAGAUCACCGUCCAGCCCGCGGGCUUCGCGCUGAGCCCAGGAAUUAUCAGUGCCGCUUCCCUCGGGGGACAGACCCAGAUCCUAGGUUCCCUCACUACCACUCCGGUCAUUGCCAACGCCAUUCCCAGCAUGCCAGGGAUCAGCAGUCAGAUCCUCACCAACGCUCAGGGACAGGUUAUUGGAGCCCUUCCGUGGGUAGUGAACUCGGCUAGCGUGGCAGCCCCAGCACCAGCCCAGAGCCUGCAGGUCCAGGCUGUGACACCCCAGCUGUUGUUGAAUGCCCAGGGCCAGGUGAUUGCAACCCUGGCCAGCAGCCCCCUGCCUCCACCCGUGGCUGUCCGGAAGGCAAGCACGCCUGAGUCCCCUGCUAAGAGUGAGGUACAGCCCAUCCAGCCCACGCCAGCCGUGCCCCAGCCUGCGGUGGUCAUCGCCAGCCCGGCCCCAGCGGCCAAGCCAUCUGCCUCUGUUCCCAUUCCAAUCACCUGCUCUGAGACCCCUACUGUCAGCCAGUUGGUAUCCAAGCCACAUACCCCAAGUCUGGAUGAGGACGGAAUCAACUUGGAAGAGAUCCGGGAGUUUGCCAAGAACUUUAAGAUCCGACGGCUGUCCCUGGGCCUCACGCAGACUCAGGUGGGUCAGGCUCUGACUGCCACGGAAGGCCCGGCCUACAGCCAGUCAGCUAUCUGCAGGUUCGAGAAGCUGGACAUCACGCCCAAGAGUGCCCAGAAGCUGAAGCCAGUGCUGGAAAAGUGGCUGAAUGAAGCCGAACUCCGGAACCAGGAAGGGCAGCAGAACCUGAUGGAGUUUGUGGGAGGUGAGCCCUCCAAGAAACGCAAACGCCGCACCUCCUUCACCCCUCAGGCCAUAGAGGCUCUGAAUGCCUACUUCGAGAAGAACCCGCUGCCCACAGGCCAGGAGAUCACCGAGAUUGCUAAGGAGCUCAACUAUGACCGGGAGGUGGUGCGGGUCUGGUUCUGCAAUCGGCGCCAGACGCUCAAGAACACCAGCAAGCUGAAUGUCUUUCAGAUCCCUUAGGGCUCAGCCCCCAGCCCUGCGUUCCAGCACUUUGUACUUCUCCCUUGGCACCUGGCUGCAGCCACCGCCGUGACAGCACCUGUCACAGUGUGGCACGCAGCUGUGCUUGUCCUGGGUCGCGAGACUCCACCGUGUGCAUGUGUGUCCGCUCCCUCCCUCCUCUCCUCCACGUAUCUCACAGCAUGGGGAGGGCAGAGGGGCCCACCGAGAGCUCCAGGCUCGGGCCAGUCACGCUGAGGGAUCCCUCCCUCACUUAAAGAAGCACUUUGCUAAUGUGGUUUUCGAAGGGUGAAUUCUGGUUGGGAACCAGACACCCCCCCGGCCCCCGUCCUGGGGGCAGGGCUGCUGCAGCCCCCGAAGGACCCCUGGCCAUUUGCUCUUGUUUUCGACGGCAUUCUCUCUGGCCCUCUCUUCCCCUUUGCUCCUGUGUGUAAGUGUGGCAGGGACUGCAGCCUCACCUCCCACCCUUUGCCUGCAGGCACACUGCCCCCCCACCCCUCCCGAAAGGACCCAAGAGGCACAAUUCUGGGAAAAGUGUGAUGAGCUGCUCAGAAGGUCAGGCUCAGGGUCUGCCUUGCCUUCAAGGUCAGAAGGUUCCCGCAGCCCUGGGGCCAGAACACGUGAUGUCCUUUCCCACUUCUUCCUGAUUCCUUUUGGGGGGAAAUUGCGCCAAAGGGGAACCUUUUCAUUUGUAAUCCAUGGUGGAAGGAAGCAGCUUUGAACUCUAGCUGUCCUGGAGUUGACCUGGGUGUACAGCACGUUGGGAACUUAGUAAAUAAGCCCAUCCUCCCAGAUUUUAAUCUAAUCUCUGCCCAUGGCUGUCUCCGCCACUAAACAGUGAGGGAUAAAGAACUGGCAGCCUGGAAAAUCCCAUUGCCCAAGCUCGCAGCACCCUGGAGAAAAAUGAGGGAAGGAAUGCUGACUCUCUCUUUCUCUUAUCCUCCCACUUACCCCCAACCCAGUGCCGGGCCUUCUCAGAAGGGGCAAACGAAACACUAAACCAGACAGCCAGGCCCCGGGGAAAAGGCCAACAUCCAGAAAGGACUGAUGGCAGCCCAGGAAGGUCUCUUGCGGAAGGUGACUUAACUCUUAAUUUUCUUUGAGACUUUGAGCCUUGGAUCUUGGAGGAGAAAUCUUAUUUUGUCCCAAGUCUUAGACCACGUGUUUGUGCAGACGAUCCCCACCCCCACCCCCCAGUCAAGAAGACCCCUGAGGCAGGAUGGGCGUCACCUGUAGAAAGGACAGCUAUGGCACGUUGAGGGCUGGCAUCUCAUCCGAGCUGCUAAGUGAGUUUCACGGUGGCUGGACAACCCCUGGAACUCAGUAUGUCACUCUGGGAGGUCAGGAGAGCACUAAGAGGUUGACUUAGAUGAACCCAGGCUUGCUGUGUAGACCGUCCCUAAAGGGGCACAAGUCACAGAGCCAGGUCCGUAGCAGCCGCCCUCCUCCUCCACACCUCACAAGAUAUACCCUGAUGAAGUGACUGUGAGGCGAGGGCACAUCCCCACCCCCACUGGUCACUGUGGCAGAGCCACCUCCUAGUCUAGCUUCCUCUGGCUUGCUGUCAUUUCCUGCCUACGACUGGUCCCUGGCAGGCCCUACAUUGGCAGAGUGUGAGAGGACAAUUGUGUGUCAAAUUGCCACACACACACCCCGCUACGUUCGGACCAACCAAACCUUCCCGAGUGUAGUGAGAACGAGGAAGCAGGCAGGCACCUUGCCUGCCCCGGCCUCCCAGGAGAGAAUAUGUCUCCCCGGCGGGGCGGGGGGGGGGAAGGGGCGUCACACUCAAGUUUAGGGUUAUCCACCCUGUCUGCAUGAGAUGAACUGGCUUGGGAGAGGCAUGCUAAGCAAGUUUUCAGUAAGAAGAGUUAAAGUACUGGGGUUGGCAAAGGAUUCAGUGACUUACCCUUCAAUAAAUCAGAGAGAGACAGGUUUUCACCCUCAAACACUUGCGUUCAGAUAUGCUUUCUUUUUUGGGAGAGACAAGUGGGUCACAGCUGGAGCCCUGGAAGUAGCAUAUAAUCCAGGGUGUGGCCGUGGCUGUGGAGAUGCAGGAGGAACCCAUCUGUCCUGGUCUGCGGAAGGAAAAAGAUAAUGAAGUUCUGGUCUAAAUUAGGCCUGGCCAUGCUUUCUCAGCUCCUCCCUUUUCUAAAUCUGUCUUCCCGAGGCUGGGCUAGAAUGAAACCAUUUUCUCCUCUCCAGGAAGGAUGGGUAGGUCUUUCCGAGGGACAGAAUUUUUGCGGGCUGAAUUCCCCAGGCAGGGGGGUGCAGAGUAUCCCUGAAAUGGCCCAGGGCAGAGCUCACCGGCUUGCUGUCUCUGCUCCUGCUCUCCCACUGUCGGACCCUCGGGGAGCAGCUAUCUGUACCCGAGGUGGGUUUUCUGCUUUGUUUCUGGUAGCGCCAGGCUCUGAAGGGCGUUAAUGUAACUUUUGUCUUGAAAGCACCUUUCUGGACAGAAGCCAGAGCUUAGGCAGAAGAAAGGGCAGAAAUGAUUUCACUGUCUGCGUGUGGUGUUGUUUGUUUGUUUUUUGUUUUAAAUGAAAGAAAGACCAAAACUUUCUAUGGCCCGGUGAAUCAGCUGGGGUCUUUGACCCUGCACUAUCCACGGCAUUUUAUCUAGUGGGGGCCCAGGGAAGAAUUUGGCCAAGCGGAUUGAGGAACACACUUGAAUCUGGAAUGAGAGAAACCCUGACGUUUUUGUGCCCUUGGACCCACUCACCUUCCUAUGCCUAGAUUUCCUUUGUGUCUCGUAGGCCAGGCUCUGACACUGAGGUUCUGACUAUCUCCCCACAAGGGGCAAAGCCUGCUGAGGGCUGGAGUGAGGGGUGGGGAGGGAAGAAUGGGGAUGAAGCACUUGAUGUAGUUGUGUGGAAU